UACGAAGCCAGCAGAACAACUCGCACCUACAAAGCCAGCAGAGCAACCUGCACUUACAAAGCCAGCAGAACCUGCACCUACGAAGCCAGCAGAACAACCUGCACCUACAACGCCAACAGAACCUACACCUACAACGCCAUCAGAACAACCUGCACCUACGAAGCCUGCAGAACAACCUGCGCCUACAAAGCCUGCAGAACCCGCACCUACAAAGCCAGCAGAACAACCUGCACCCACAAAGCCUACAGAACAACCUUCACCUACAAAGCCAGCAGAACAACCUGCUCCUACAAAGCCAACAGAACCUACACCUACAAAGCCAGCAGAACAACCUGCACUUACAAAGCCAACAGAACCUACACCUACAAAGCCGGCAGAACAACCUACACCUACAAAGCCAGCAGAACAACCUGCACCUACAAAGCCAACAGAACCUACACCUACAAAGCCAACAGAACAACCUGCACCUACAAAGCCGGCAGAACAACCUGCACCUACAAAGCCGGCAGAACAACCUGCACCUACAAAUCCAACAGAACCUGCACCUACAAAGCCGGCAGAAGAACCUGCACCUACAAAGCCAACAGAACAACCUGCACCUACAAAUCCAACAGAACCUGCACCUACAAAGCCAACAGAACCUGCACCUACAAAGCCAACAGAACAACCUCCACCUACAAACCAGCAGAACAACCUGCACCAACAAAGCCUACAGAACAACCUGCACCAACAAAGCCUACAGAACAACCUGCACAUACAACCACAAAUUCUAAGGAAGAACCUACAACCACUAGACCCAAGGAGGAGCCUACAACCACUAAACCUAAGGAAGAACCUACAACUACUAAGCCUAAGGAGGAGCCUACAUCCACAAAACCUAAGGGGGAGCCUACAACCACAAAACCUAAGGAGGAGCCUACAACCACUAAACCUAAGGAGGAGCCUACAACCACUAAACCGAAGGAGGAGCCUACAACCACAAAACCUAAGGAGGAGCCUGUAAUCACAAAACCUAAGGAGGAGCCUACAACCACUAAACCUAAGGAAGAACCUACAACUACUAAACCUAAGGAGGAGCCUACAACUACUAAACCUAAAGAGGAGCCUACAACCACAAAACCUAAGGAGGAGCCUACAACUACUAAACCUAAGGAGGAGCCUGUAACCACAAAACCUAAGGAGGAGCCUACAACUACUAAACCUAAGGAGGAGCCUACAACUACUAAACCUAAGGAAGAACCUACAACUACUAAACCUAAGGAGGAGCCUACAUCCACUAAACCUAAGGAGGAGCCUGUAACCACUAAACCUAAGGAGGAGCCUACAACCACUAAACCUAAGGAAGAACCUACAACUACUAAACCUAAGGAGGAGCCUGUAACCACAAAACCUAAGGAGGAGCCUACAACUACUAAACCUAAGGAGGAGCCUGCAACCACUAAACCUAAGGAGGAGCCUACAACCACUAAACCUAAGGAAGAACCUACAACUACUAAACCUAAGGAGGAGCCUACAUCCACUAAACCUAAGGAGGAACCUACAACUACUAAACCUAAGGAGGAGACUAAGCCAUCGGAGAAAGAGGCACCCGCUCCUAAGGACGAGAAGGCACAGAAAACCCAGGAAACAAAGAAACCUUCGACAGACAAGAAAACCCUGGCUACUGUUCCGGACGAGACCGAGAAGAAAAAUGUCGAAACCGACUCUAAGGACAAAGAGACGGAACCAAAGGAAACGGCUACAGAACCCACUGAAACUGAGAAGAAAAAUCUUGAAACUGACCCUAAAAAUAAAGAGACAACACCGAAAGAAACGGCAACAGACCCGGCUGAAACCGAGAAGAAAAAUCUUGAAACCGACUCUAAGGACAAAGAGACGGAACCAAAAGAAACAGCUACAGAACCGACCGAAACCGAGAAGAAAAAUGUUGAAACCGACUCAAAAGACAAAGAGACAAAACCAAAGGAAACUGCGACGGAGCCGAAUGAAACCGACAAAAAGGUUCUCUCUACAGACCCUGAAGAGAAGGCGGUUAAGACACCACAGACAGAGCCUCCGAAAUCAGAUGAGAAGAGCAUCAAGAGUACAGAAACAAAAAGCGUCCCUAAGGACGACAAAACGCAAGCUACAGUACCGCCUGAAAAGUCUAACGUUGAAACGUCAACUAAACCGGAAGAAAAAGACGCCAAAGACACGGAAACUGUGCCUGUCAAAACUGACAACAAAGACUUGGGCACAGUGAAGGAAGAGCCGGACAACAAGGAUGUGGCUACUACAGGCGAUCCAAAGGUUGCCACAGAUAAGAAAACCUUAGCAACGGUUCCGGACGAGACCGAGAAGAAAAAUCUUGAAACCGACUCAAAAGACAAAGAGACAAAACCAAAAGAAACUGCGACGGAACCAAAUGAAACCGACAAGAAAGUUCUCUCUACAGACCCUGAAGAGAAGGCGGUUAAGACACCACAGACGGAGCCUCCGAAAUCAGAUGAGAAGAGCGUCAAAAGUACUGAAACAAAAAGCGUGCCCAAGGACGACAAAACGCAAGCUACAGUACCGCCUGAAAGGUCUAACGUUGAGACGGCAACAAAACCAGAGGAAAAAGACGCCAAGGCAACGGAAACUGUGCCUGCCAUCACCGACAACAAAGACUUGGGUGCAGUGAAGGAACAGCCAGACACUAAGGAUGUCUCUACUAUCAGCGACCCGAAAGUUGCCAAGGAUCUCACCACCACUCCGAAAGAGAAGGUAGCAAAGACGACUGAACCAGACGUUGAAGAAAAACCCGACAAACAGACCGCCACGGACACGACAGAGAAGGAUUCCAAAUCCACGGAGACAGUUGCUCCUGUUACCGUACCAAAGGAAACGGAAACGAAGGUGGAAGAAAAAGAAGGAAAGCAGACAGGAACAGAGCCCAUCCCAAAAGAAGACAAGGGAACCGCAACGGAUCUCAAGACGAUUACAGAUAAGAAAACGGUCGCUACUGAGAAGGAAGCUAAGGAUGACAAGGCGGCAGAAACAGAAAAGGAAGCGAAGAAUGAAAAGUUUCUGGAAACGGAUCUGGACGAAGUGAAGAAGAAAGACCUGGCAACAGUUAAGGAGACACCUGUGGAGAAAGGCGUAGAAACAGAUAAAACUCCUACCGAGAAUGUCGUCACUGCUACUGAUGCGGAGGAGAAAGUCGCUAAGGUGAAGGAAACCGAUAAGACGCAGAAAGAAGACGUGGGGACCGCCACGGAGAAGGAGGAGAAAGUGGCGAAGGAUGCAGAAACAGAUGCACCUGAGAAAGAGGUGAAAACCAAUACAACAGACAAGGUAGAGAGAUCAGUAAAAGAAAUCAUGGUCGAGAAUGAAAAAGACGAGAACAGUACACAGACGACCAAGGAGUCGUCUGAGAAGGCCUUGGAAACACUCAAACAAGAAAAGGACGAGAAGAUAUCUGCCACCGACAUAGAGGAGAAAUUGCCGAAGACCACCGAAACUGAAAAAGAGGAGAAAAGCGCAAAACAGAUCGGCGUUAAGAUCGAAGUUACGAAGACUGACCAAGCAACAGAUACAAAGAAGGACAUCGAAGAUGAGAAAGUCAUUGAAACUGAUGCAAAAGAGAAGGGAACCACCGCAGUGUAUCAAACAGAAAAGGAAACAAAGGAGCAAAAGGACGUAGUGACGGAGAAGAAAGAAGUUCUACAAAAGCAGAUUCUCACAGAUCAAGUGGCCACAGCAGACGCGGGAAAUAUCACAGAGGCUUCUAUAAAGGGUGAUAAGAACAUAGCUACCUUCGGCUUUGGCACAACAAGUCAAGGCUCACAGACGGAGAAAGAUGUUACGGAUAAGACGAUUGGUAUCGCGAAAGACUUGCAGAAUAAAGAACACGGAACAGACGCCAUUGCUGUCAGCACCGGAGAGACACAGACUGAGAGCCAAGGAGUGAUCUCGUCUGACACUCAAACCGAAAAGGUUGAGGUUGAAGCCAAGAUAAUCGCAACCGAAAUAGAAGAGAAGAUAAUUAAAGAAACGCUUGAAAAAAUCAUAGUGACAGACAAGGUUGCAGUUCAGGACAGCGGUACUCAGAAGUCAGGACCUCACACUGAUCCUAAAGGUACCCAGACUGAAGUCGCUGAAAAGGAGGAAGUCAAAGCAGUGGAGCAAGUCGCAAAGGACAUCCAAACUGACAUCAUAAAGAAGGUUGGCAAGAAGACCGGUACUCCAGGCGGCAGGCCACGUGAUUAUGCAAAUACUCCGGCACAGACAGACGAAUGGAAGCCUGAGCCAGAAAAACAGGAAGAAAAGAUCGAGAAGACGGUAGAAGCUGUUGCGGUCAAGCCAGUCGAACCAGUACGCGAGACAGGAGAAAAGGUCAUCGAGACCGACAAACCGAUCAAAGUGAGCAAGAAAACAGGCACCAAAGGUAGUCGGGCAUACGUGGAGUACAGAAGCAGCGGUAUUCAAACCGAUCAGGAGGCUGUUGAAGAAAAGGAAGAAAUCAAAUCGGCAAAUGUCGGCAUUCAAACAGACGUCAUCAAAGAGGAAACAGUCCCGGUCACCAUAACUGCUGGAUGCCAGACAGACACCGUGGUCAAGGAGGAAAAAGUCACACAGGUUACUAGAGAACCUGACAAAGCCAAACCGAUAGAAGUAAAGAAAGAAUCGGCAAGUGUCGGCAUUCAAACAGAGGUCAUCAAAGAAGAAGUAGUAGCACCGAAAGAGCCCGUUACAAUCACCGUAACUGUUGGAUGCCAAACACUAGAAAUAAAAGAGACCGUCGCUACGGGUUCCGUGAAUGUACAGACAGACGUGACUGGGUCUGACAUCGAUGGGUGGCAAACACAUCAACGCGAGAAGGUCGUACAAGAGGAGAAGGCGGUCACCAUAAGUGAGUCCUCACAAACCCCGAGCAAGGAGAUGAAGGAUCAAGGACUACAGUUCUCGCCUAAGAUGGGCAACAUUGGAGUGCAGUUUGGGCCCAAACAGGACUCGGCCGUCACCCAGACCGAAGCCGACAAGGUGAAGACCAUUUACCGGAGCUUGGAGACACUGAAGGACAUUAAGAGGUAUCGAAGUAUGGAAACCUUCAAACGAAAGGAAAGCAAAGAAGACAUCGGGCCAAAUCCCACUUCCCCGGAUACUAAAGACGAGGAAGAAGUGACACCACUGCCGUCCGUCCAACCGCCUGUGACGACGCCCACGUACAUCAUCAUUCCGACGUCACCGCAGCCGUACCAACCGUGGCCAUGGGUUAAUCCACCACGCAGUUAUUCCUCCGCAAGUUCCUCUUCUUCCUCGGGAGACAUCUGGGACCGCCGCUCCACCCCAGAGGAGGUCACACCCGUCCCAAAACCUGCCAGGGAGAAACAGUACUGCUCCGGCUGUCAGCACGAGUUCCACGUUAACGACAAGAUCAUCAACUACAACGGGGACCAAUACCACGAGAUCUGCAUCCCGAGGAAGUAUUGCCACGCCUGCGAGGAACCCUUUCAGAAUGACGAGAAGAAAAUCUACCAUAAUGGCCAACUGUUUCACGACAAGUGCAUGGUCCUGGUGGAUAUCAAGGAGACUACAGUAGAGAAGGGAGUGGAAGUUUGUGCCGAAUGCUCUCUUCCAAUCAAGGAGGACGAGACUACUGUCAUGUACAAUGGAUACGAGUUCCACCAGAAAUGCCUUCAACAGGACGAUGAGUACAAAUGCCAGGCGUGCAAACAGCCUAUGAAUGACAACGACCGCAUGAUCACUUACAACGGCGUGGACAUCCAUGACUACUGCAUACCAUUACUGAAACAGAUAAUGGCAGGAGAGAAACCCGGACAACCGAAUGUCAGCCCAAGCCAGCAUCCGGACUGCCAGAUAUGCGGAACCCGACUGGGUCCAGACGCAGUAGAAGUGAGCGGAAAGGGUUACUGUCCCAAAUGUUACCCCAUGGUCCAGUAUCCAGUCUGCAAUGGCUGCGGGGAGGAAAUCACAGGUCCGUCUGUGACUGGAUUGAACCGGAAAUGGCAUCCUGAGCACUUUAGCUGCUCCGAUUGCGGGGUCCCAUUCGAGCAGCUGAACCGGGUUUACUACGAGUACAACGGAAGGGCCUACUGUAAACGCCACUAUGACGAGAAUUUUCAGAUAUGUUACCACUGCAACCAACCAGUAGAGGGAGAACCCGUCGGAGUGUUCAACAAGUUCUGGUGUGACGACCAUUUCAAGUGUUCGUUCUGUGACGCCCCGUUCACUCUUAAGUCGAAGUUUUACGAAGUUGACCAGCGCCCGGCCUGUAAGAUGUGUUACAAGGCACUUCCACGUAUGGAGAAGCGGAAGACAAAGUUACCAAAACGGAAGUGA